UCUGCAUUGAGUGGAGAGGUUUCUGCCACAAAGUUUAAGGACGCGUUUAAAAAAGGUUGAGGUGAUUAUGCGGCUCACUUUUUUCCCUUCUACAAUUAGCUCUAUUACUCUUAGCCCUACUUGCUUGCUCACUUGUGAAUUUCCCUCUGUCACUCACAUCCCUUAGACCUCUCAGGUCCUUUCCCUCACACCCUCUUUUCCUUACUUCAUCUACCAUUGACUUUUUACAUUUGUUUUCCAUUCCAAAAGACCCAGCUCGCUUCAUCUCAACACACCUUGUUUAUAACACCUCAAAAGGACUUGUCUCACUUUUUAUUCUCUUGACUUCAGCCAUGUUUUUGCAACCCACAACUCCGACCAACUCUGCUCAAGAGCGUAGCAGUCACUUACGAUGGCCAGAAAGUCUGUCUGGCGCAGCUCCUAUUCCUUCUAGAUUCUCACACCUGCUUAAUGAGCCUUUAGUGAUAAACCUGAAUAAUACCACAUCUGAACAGGGCGCAGCCAGCAGGCUCAAGGAAAUGGAUGAAGAGGAAGAAGAAAAAAAAGCAGGAGUGAAAGGAAAGGAAGAGGAUGAAGGAGAAGUAGAAGAAGAAGAAGAAGAAGGAGAAGAAGAAGGAGAAGAGGAAGAGGAUAUCGUCUGGCUUGCUACUCCCGAUGACGAGAUACUUUCUCAAAGUUUGGACGACCAAGAAGUGGCUGUCUAUUUCGAGAUUCUGGAACAAGCUCCUUUAGAGACUCUGCCUUUGGCUCGUAAAUUUUGUUUUAAACCCAAUUCGCAAUUGGUACUUGGGCGAGCCCCUUCGUCUGGUGUCAGUCGUCUGGCUCGAGUACAACAAGUGUUGGCUCAGGAUAAACGAAGAUCUGCGCAAGCAGAGAAUGGAUCUGAUGAUGGGUUGUUCCCUAAUCAAGUCAUCAGUAAAGUACACGCUGUUGUGUAUGAGGUAGAUGGCCAGCUGAUCCUGGAAGAUAGAGGAUCGACACAUGGAACAUUUGUGAACGAGGAAAGGAUCCAAAGUCGAGUCUUGCAAGACAAUGACCAUGCAAGGAGGAAUGUGAACUAGAGCCUGACCUGAAACCUGAUGAAGACGUUCAGUGUGAAUCAAUUCAGCGCGAACGCAUGGAAAUUAUUGAGGCGACCACAACUACAUCAACUUUCACCAC